AUGGAUGCCCAGGAAUCUCACACAAGCUUGUACAGCUUGAUUACUCUCGAGCCGAAAAGGAGAGAGAUUCGUCUGUUACGACUUUUGCCCGGCAACAGUGAUGACCCGGUCAAGGCCGACCUUUUCCGAGAAUCUCUCCACAACAGCCCGGAUUUCAGUGUUCUUUCAUACUCUUGGGGGCCGGAAAGCGACAAGGUCCCUAUCACUGUCCAGGGCAUGACCGUGAUGAUCACUCGGAACCUCCACCACUGUCUUCUGAACCUGAGAUCUGACACAACCCCGCUUGUCAUCUGGAUCGACGCCAUCUGCAUCAACCAGUCUUCCAACGAGGAGAAGAAUACACAGGUACCACUGAUGCGAGACAUUUACAAGGCGGCAAGGGAAGAGUUUGUAUGGCUGGGCGAAACAACGACUGGCCUGGACUUGAUCGUCUCAUGCGUUCGGUUCAUUGCAUCUCAAGGCCAAGACUUCCAUCUAGAUAAGCUGGAGCACAUCGUGGACCACUUGGUCGUUUCGCCAGAGGAAAUUGCAUCAGCAUUCACCGAGUUUUCCGAGCUGGCAUGGUUCCAUCGCACAUGGAUCAUCCAAGAAUUUGCUUUACCUCGUCAGGACCCGGUCUUCUUGUUUGGUGAACACCGCAUUCCAUGGCCUCGUCUACAACGGUGGUGGCAUGAUCUAAAGGAAUGUAACAGAAAAGUAACCAACCACGCCGAGUUGAAUCGAGAAAGCCCUGAUUGGCAGAAGCUUCACGAACUCAUUUCUUCCCAUCCACUCGAAGGCCUUAGCACACUGAGAGACAUAUGCUCACACGAAGAAGUUCUGACGAAAGGACUUCCACUCUCGGUACUUAUUGAGUCAAGUAAGAAGUCCCUCGCCACGGACCCAAGAGACAAGAUAUAUGGUGUCCUAGGACUCGCCAACGACGACGCCAAAUCAAGUCUCACAAUAGACUACAACAAGUCAGUCCAGGAUAUUUACGAAGAAGUCACCCGAUAUCUCAUCUUCGCAGAGGGCAAACUCAACAUCCUGUCCGGGCAAGCUCCGGAUAUUAUACCGCAGUGGGACCAAAGCAACGGAAAAUCUGCUCCCCCUGGACUUCCAGUUUUCAAGUGGCAACGAAACACGAAGAACGUGGCUUCCAGCUGGAUCCGGGACUAUAGCCACGUUCAGCCCUCGUACCGACCCACACCGUUUCUACCAGACUGGCUGCCUCGAGCCGUAGGGUACGACGCCUCGCUGAAGUCAGCUCCAGUUGAGACUUCCAAUCGUCAGCCUGGAGAGCUGGGAAUAUGCGGAAUGAAGGUGAACGUUGUAGAGGAGUGCCAGAGGGCUUGGUAUAUGCUCCCAGGCAGCGUGGCAUAUUUGAAGGACUGGGAUGCAAUUCUCCCUAUCUUCUUUAGAGCUUCUCGCCCUAAAAGAUCCAACUUAGAGGGGGAAACCGAGGUGCAACUCAAGAGAGAAUUUCGGACGAGCAACGAUCCAGAGUGGGGUCUCCCUUACAAUCCAAAAUAUGGAGCUUCCAAGACAAUGAAGGAGGCAAUCUGGAGAACCGUCAUCGGAGAUGAGAUAUUCCAGAUCGCUCAACGAGCUCCAGACUAUUGUUCGAGACUCUUUGACGGAUAUAUAGACGCAGUCCUAGGACAGACCGGGCACUACAAGGUUCCAGAUGAUGCUGAUACAACCCUUGACAAGGAGAUGGCUCUAUUCUCCAGGUUUCAGCGAAGGAUGGACACGGUGCUAUAUCGGCGAUCGGCGUUCUCAACCCCAGGCGGGUGGAUCGGUAUUGGGCCUGAUGAUAUGAAGGCAGGAGACAUAAUCGUUUUGCUGUCCGGGGGCGAUGUUCCGCAUGUGCUUCGACUCUGCGGGUGUGGGGAUCACUACGAGCUGAUAGGGGAGUGCUACGUCGAGGGAAUUAUGUACGGGGAAAUGAUGACCGCCUUGAAGAAGGAGUCAAGCGUUGAGGGUAAGAUUUUUCGCAUUCGUUAA